AUUAGUAAACGAAUAGAGAAAUCGUCAAGUGGUCUGGCAACACUUCGUUCGUUCGGCGUACAACGUGAUAGUGACGAGUUUGUGGAUUAUAUCGCUUUGUUUCCGAUUAUUAAGUCGUCGAGAUGAGUAAGGCUCACCCGCCCGAGUUGAAGCGCUACAUGGACAAAAAGAUGUGUCUGAAACUGAACGGAGGAAGACAAGUAAGCGGAAUCCUUCGAGGCUUCGAUCCCUUUAUGAAUUUGGUAAUGGACGAGGCGGUGGAAGAGACCAAAGGAGGAGAGAAGCACAACAUCGGAAUGGUGGUGGUCAGAGGAAACAGCAUCGUCCUGCUCGAAACUCUGGACAGAGUCGGAUAGAAAUUGCUCCCUUCUUGUCAUUGUCGCGUUUUAAAUUUUUGUAAAAUAAAAAACAAGAUUGUCUCCUUUGAAUUCGUACGAAUUGCUCCUUUACGCAGAACACCGGUUGGCGUUUAUAUUUUAACUGUAUUUUUGUUUUACGGUUCGUUUAUCGAAAUGUAUACUUUGUAUCGUUAAUCGCCGGUAUGCCGAAUGUAUGUAGAUAUAUGGCAGCCCUCUGACUCGAUAUUCAUUAACAGGAAUCCAAAAUUUGUCCAGUUAAGAUUGAUUUUUUUUUUAGCCAAAGACAGCAUGUUCCAAAUAAAUAAAAUACUUUCGAGUGAAAUCUAUCGAUAUCGUUAAUUUAUAAU